GCGCGCGCGGCAGGAAGUGCAGGGGCUCGAGCCGCCCGGCGGCCGCGAUGCAUUGUGGGACAGCAGCAGCACCAGACCCAAGAUGGCGGCCAGCAGGAGGCUGAUGAAGGAGCUGGAAGAAAUCCGCAAGUGUGGGAUGAAAAACUUCCGAAACAUCCAGGUUGAUGAAGCUAAUUUAUUGACUUGGCAAGGGCUCAUCGUUCCUGACAACCCUCCGUAUGACAAGGGAGCCUUCAGAAUCGAAAUCAACUUCCCAGCAGAGUAUCCAUUCAAACCACCUAAGAUCACUUUUAAAACAAAGAUUUACCACCCGAACAUCGAUGAAAAAGGGCAGGUCUGUCUGCCGGUCAUUAGUGCUGAAAACUGGAAGCCAGCAACCAAAACUGACCAAGUCAUCCAGUCCCUCAUAGCACUGGUGAACGACCCCCAGCCUGAGCACCCCCUCCGGGCUGACCUAGCUGAAGAGUACUCUAAGGACCGUAAAAAAUUCUGUAAGAACGCUGAAGAGUUUACAAAGAAAUAUGGGGAAAAGCGACCCGUGGACUAAAUCUUCCGUGAUUGACUCCAAGCAGGGCGAGCGGAGAUCCGGAGCAGUGCAUUUCCAACACCCCGCCACCAGGACUCUUUGGGAAAUUGACAGGGGCCACCUCCUGGCGCUAACUUGUGGCAGUUACUAACUUUCUACAGUUUUCUUAAUCAAAAGUGGUCUAGGUAAACCUGUAAAGAAAGGAUUAAAAAUUUAAGAUGUUCUAGUUCUGAUUUCUUUGUUUUAAAAAUCACUGCUUCAAUCUACCUUCAAGGAUGGUGUGUUCUUUUCUUGCCCAAAUCUAUCCCAAAUCUUCGGUUUCUCUUCAGGUUUAAAACAGAGUUAGUGAGUGGUGCACACUCCCGAUCCCUCCCUUCCCCUUUGUAGCUCUUAUUUUAUUGCGUUCAUUUUAAUCACACUCCCUACCCCCAGAACAAUGCCUUGGAACUCCCCUUUUCCCUACCUUCUUCCCUUCCCCACCUCCCCUCCCCUCCAAAAAAUGGCCUACAAUCCAGCAGCGCCCUCCUCUCCCCUUCCUUCCCUGCGGUAUCUGCUUUGUGAUACGGGUUGUGAGUUUGUAACAUCUAAGAAACCCGAGAGGCCAAACCCAAGGGCGAAGCCUGUGAUGAGGAAGGAGCCCGGCUGGCGUGUAAAUCUGGCUGAUGUUAUCAAAAUGAUGUCGAUUAAAUGGGCAAAGCCCCGACUGUCUGCUUGUGUGUGUGAUUGAAUUACAGCCUGGCUCCGGGGCCGCCCCGCACUGGGGAGAGCGGUGAGCGUCCAGCUCUGGGCUAAGAAGAAGUGGGCUCCCAGACCGAGGGCACCCCUCCCCCCAGAUGCCUCCCGAUGCUACCUGCAGAUGUCCCCGGGACACUGGCCAGCCGAUUCUGCUGACAUUGUUUUCCAUCCAGUAGAAAACUUUGCAUCAGAAUGAAUUGGAGAUUUUUGGCAGAGUCCCCCCUCCCCCUAAUAUUGAAUUUUGCAAUUCUCCUGGAGAACAAAAUUGGAGUUGGGGACUCUGCUUGUAUAACCCCUAGAGGUGUCGCUGUUCUGGGUCAAGGUCAUUCCCCUCCUCCCUUCCCCCCAGUCCCCUUUUUAAGAAUCCGAAACAAGGCAUUGCCCCUCCUUCCAGACAAGCCUGUUUCAUUUUGGAAGAUCUUUGGCCGCCCUUUGAUGAUGGCUGUUUAGGUUUGGUUUGGUUUUUAAUAUUAUAAACAUUUUGACUGCUUUUUUUUUGGUAGAAAUAAAAAGUGAUUAUAGAUUUGCAAUCAUAUGGAAUUAAAAGGAUUAAAAUGUUGCUGUCUCUUAAAAAUUCCACCCCUCCUCACCGCUCCCCCCCCCCCAAUAAAUAAAUAAAUAAACAAAUAAAUGAGAGCCUAGAAAAUAUCCAUUUGUUGUUACCCAGAUAUUUGCCGUGGUCAUUAUGGUGAUGGAAGAUCGCCUUUUUCCUCAGUUUUUAAAAUCUCGUCCCAGACGCUCUCAGAGCUUUAGCCUCAUCUAGUUGCCGAGUAGGACCGGGCCAUGGAGGAAGGGCCGAUUCCAAAACUUGCCAUUCCCCUCCCCACCCCCCCGGGGCAUUGAGAUAUGUAGGGUUCUCUGCUUUGUGUCGUGCAAAAGUGAGAGGUUUAUGAAAUGUUCAUUUGUCAGUGACCACGUCGCUGCCCUGUAAAUAUCCCCAGCUUCUUCAGCCCUCUCCAGGAAAUGGGGUGCACGCCCACGUGUGGGAGCUGCCCGCGUCUUCCGGGGGCGGAGGAGCGCACGUCAUCAGCACAACCGCCACCGUCUCCUCCUUGGCUGAGAUCUGGGAUGGACUUUUGUUCCCCUCCUUUGGAUUUGUAAUAAAAUGCCAAAUUCUGUCAAACAAAAGCGUGUUGAACUCCUGCAUCAGACUCCUGCCUAGACCAAGCCACUGUUUGCCCUGUUACUGCCUCUGAACGGGAAAUGGUGGCCUUUCUCUGAAACUGUCUGGUCCUUUCCUCUUUCCAUACCACUUGCUUCUCUCAUAGUAUUUAGACUUUUCUGAUUGUCAGCCUCUCAGGUUAAUGCCGUUGAGAGGGAACCUCUGUGGCCGGGCACUCGGGAAGCGUGCGGACGGGAGCUCACUCGAUGCUGUUCCGGCCGCCGGGUGGGCAACAGAUGUAGAACAGUGGGUUUUGUUGUUUGCCUCCAAAACUGUGGCUUUUCUGUAAAGAGCUGACGAGGGGAGUUGUGAAAGGGGGUGGGGGGUGGGGGGAGAAGCUGCCAUAGUGAGAACCAAAUCGUUGUGUAUGAUGGUGAUGAGGAGGUGCUGGCUGUCCUUGGAUCACUCAGGACUUCACUCCUGCUCCUUAACUGUUCCCUGACAAUGUGCUGAAUUCUCAGCAUCCCUUCCCUUCCCCAAUACAGCAUACUCCCCCCCCUCCCCCCGCCACCUCGUCGUGGUGUAGACUUUCUAAGGUUCUGCAAUUCCAUUCUGCUACCCUCAAUAAAAAUGAUCUCAAAGGU